AUGCUGCUCUGGAUGCAGGGCUUCCCGCUGGAGGCGGUGGCCUGCCAGGAUGACGAUGACUACUUACGCUAUGGGAUCCUCUUCGAAGACCUGGACCGCAAUGGGGACGGCGUGGUGGACAUCAUUGAGCUCCAGGAGGGGCUGAGAAACUGGAGCUCUGCGUUUGACCCGAACUCCGAGGAGAUAAUUUUUAAGUCUGGAGAUACCAACGAUGAUUUAGGAUUGGACUUUGGAGAAUUUAUGCAGUAUCUUCAAGACCAUGAGAAGAAAAUGAGGCUGGCAUUUAAUAGUCUGGACAAAAAUAAUGAUGGAGUAAUAGAUGCUUCAGAAAUAAUUGCUGCUUUGAAAUCUCUGGGUAUGCAUAUUUCUGAAGUCCAGGCAAAAACAAUUCUGAGCAGCAUGGAUACUGAUGGGUCAAUGACAGUAGACUGGGAUGAAUGGAAGUACUACUUUUUACUGCAUCCUGCAAAAAAUGUCACUGAAAUUAUUCAUUUCUGGAAGCGUUCUACUUUAAUUGACAUAGGAGAGAGUAUAGCUAUUCCAGAUGAAUUUACCGAACAAGAAAAGCAGUCUGGAGAUUGGUGGAAGCGUUUGGUGUCAGCAGGAAUAGCUAGCGCGGUUGCACGGACAUUCACAGCACCUUUAGACCGCUUGAAAGUCAUGAUGCAGGUUCAUAGUUUAAAGUCAAGGAAAAUGAGAUUGAUUAGUGGCCUUGAGCAGUUGGUAAAAGAAGGAGGAAUUUUUUCCCUUUGGCGAGGAAAUGGUGUAAAUGUUUUAAAAAUUGCACCAGAGACGGCACUCAAGGUUGGGGCCUAUGAACAGUAUAAGAAAUUGCUUAGUUUUGAUGGUGUUCAUUUAGGAAUUCUUGAAAGAUUUAUAUCUGGCUCAUUGGCUGGUGUAACUGCCCAGACCUGUAUUUACCCCAUGGAGGUACUAAAGACCAGACUGGCUAUAGGUAAAACUGGAGAGUAUUCAGGGAUUAUUGAUUGUGGCAAGAAGCUUCUAAAACAAGAAGGUGUCAGAUCCUUUUUCAAAGGUUAUACUCCUAACUUGCUAGGCAUUGUACCUUAUGCAGGCAUAGAUCUUGCUGUUUAUGAGGUUUUGAAGAAUUAUUGGCUAGAAAAUUAUUCAGGAAACUCUGUGAAUCCUGGGAUAAUGAUUUUGGUGGGAUGUAGUACGUUGUCUAAUACUUGCGGUCAGUUAGCCAGUUUCCCUGUGAACCUUAUUAGAACUCACAUGCAGGCUUCAGCCCUAAUGGAAAAAGGAAAAACAACUUCUAUGAUUCGGCUCAUUCAAGAAAUAUAUACCAAAGAAGGAAAAUUGGGAUUUUACAGGGGUUUCACCCCAAACAUCAUAAAAGUGCUUCCUGCAGUAGGCAUUGGCUGUGUGGCCUAUGAAAAAGUGAAGUCACUUUUUGGAUUAACCUAG